AUUACCUCACAUUGUGGAUACAUUUUAUAUUAAAAUCAUAUAAAUAAAAUAAAAAUUAUAACAAAAAUGGAUUACAAAAACGAUGUCCACUCCGAUGAUGACUUCGAUAGUUACAGCGACAACUAUCAGCAAUCAAAUUCCGGCCAGUCGCAAAAUCAACAAUUCAAUACAUCCCAGGGUCGUUUGGCCAAUCCAGCUGGCCUGUCCAAAGCUGAAUUGAGAAAGACCAACAAACCCAUAAUGGAAAAACGUAGACGUGCCCGUAUCAAUCAUUGCCUCAAUGAAUUAAAGUCCCUGAUAUUGGAAGCCAUGAAAAAAGACCCGGCACGUCACACAAAACUUGAAAAAGCCGAUAUCCUUGAGAUGACCGUCAAACACUUGCAAUCCGUUCAGCGUCAACAGCUCAACAUGGCUCUGCAAACCGAUCCCACAGUGAUCCACAAAUUCAAGACUGGCUUUGCUGAGUGUGCCGAUGAAGUAAAUCGUUAUGUCAGCCAAUUGGAUGGUGUCGAUGAAACUGUACGCCAAAGAUUGAAUAGUCAUUUGAAUCAAUGCGCGACCAGUCUUGAUCAGAUUGGUGCCAUGACCAAUUUCAACAAUGGUUAUCAACGCAAUGGGGGCCAUGCCAAUCUGUUUGGUUCCAACAAUCUUCCCCUGCCAAUGGGAAAUGGUGGUGCGGCAGCAUCUUUGUUUCCUAGCUUAAGUCAAGACUUUAACUCCACACAGCCCAUACAAAUGGGUGGGGUGCAAUUGAUACCAUCCCGCUUGCCAUCCGGAGAAUUUGCCCUGAUAAUGCCAAAUACCGGAAGUUCCAACAAUCAAGCCACCUCGCUAAUGAACAACAAUUCCAACAGUGGUUUUCCCGCCUGGCCUUCACAGACUGGCAGCCAAGCUGGCUCAGCACAAAUUAAUGAUUUUGCCGCCAAUUUCAAGCGUUUGAGUGCCUUCUCCAAGCCACCAUCGACUUUGAUUACACCACCCAAAGUAAAUCCCGGCAAUAUGUAUCCCCAAACCAAUUUGGGCCCCACCACUGCCACCAGUUAUCAACCAUUAAAUCAAGCCCAGCCACAAACAGCUUUCCACAACUCCUCCAGUCCUCCGCUCAGUCCCAUUUCUUCAGUAUCUAGUCACAAUGAAGAUUCAAUGAUGCACAAUAGCUCGGAUUUCACCAAUUCCCGAUCAACCUCACCACGUCAUCAUCAGCAGGAUAAACACAAUAGUUUUUUGGGAGUGUUCAACACACCACCUUCCUCGGCUGAAAACUCUUUUGUACUCAGUGCAGCCCAUUUGCAACAGCAGCAGGUGUCUAGCAGCACCAGUGAUUUGAACACCAGCUCUGGAUCGGCCAAUAGCUCCUUGAAACGUUCCUUUUCUGAGGCGGCCGAUUCCAGCAUUUGCUCUGAGGAUGAUCAUGCCUCGAAAAAAUAUCACAAAGAAGCCCAAUUGGAGGGUGAGGAUCAAGACAGCAUGUGGAGACCAUGGUAAAACUCGUUCGUUUCCACCAAAAGCAAAUUGUUAAUACAUAUUUUUUAAGUUUUUAGAUUAAGUAACAUUUUUUUGUAAAACUCAUACGAUCAAAUUUUUUUGA